CCCCUCGCGGUCGAGUUCUGUCAUUUUCGAAAAUCCAUGGGUUCCCAGAUAUGCAUAACCAGGCGAUUACUUGUUACACCAAAACCUUCAUUCACAUGUUUUCCAUUAAAACAUUCGGUGAUGUUCCGUGGAGCAGCUACAUUGGCAGCCUCACAAACUUCCUCCACAUACAACCGAACCUUCUCCCACAUUUUCCAAGAUUGUUCGAGCCAAAGGGCCCUGUUUGCUGGGAAACAAGCCCAUGCCCUUAUGAUAACUUCUGGGUUUGUACCCACCGUCUUUGUUACCAAUUGUUUGAUUCAAUUGUACAUAAACUGCUCUUGUCUCCACUAUGCAGACAAAGUGUUUGAUAUCAUGCCUCAAAGAGACACGGUUACGUGGAAUGCAAUGAUUUCCAGGUAUACCAUGGUUGGUGAUCUGAGGAAGGCGGAGAUGGCUUUUGGCUUCAUGCCAAAUAGAGAUGUCAUAUCUUGGAAUUCUAUGAUGUCAGGGUACUUGCAGAAUGGAGAUCAUGAAAAAGCUGUCGAAGUUUUUGUAGAAAUGGGGAAAGAGGAUGUUGCUUUCGAUAGGACCACUUUUUCCGUUGCACUGAAAAUUAUCUCAGCCUUGGACGAUCUUGGUUUGGGGUUGCAGGUUCAUGGGUUGGUCACUAAAAUGUCAUUUAAUAUGGAUGUGACUGUUGGAACUGCAAUUGUUGAUAUGUAUUCCAAGUGCAAGAGACUAGAUGAGGCGAUGUGUUUCUUUACUGAAAUGUCAGAGAAGAAUUCUGUUUCUUGGAGUGCUUUGAUUGCAGGUCAUGUCCAGAACAACCAGCUUGUUGAGGGAUUAGAGCUUUUCAAGAAGAUGCAAAAUCAAGAACUCAGUGUUUGUCAGUCUACUUACGCCAGUCUCUUCAGGUCUUGUGCAGGGUUGUCCUACUUGAGUUUUGGUUGUCAGUUGCACGGCCAUACACUGAAGACCAAUUUUGCGUCUGAUUUCAUUGUAGGAACUUCCAUUUUGGAUAUGUAUGCAAAAUGCAGCAAGCUAACAGAAGCUCGGAAGGUAUUCGACCUCUUGCCAUUCCGCACUUUGCAAUCUUAUAAUGCAAUGAUUGUUGGGUAUGCUCGGGGAAACAAAAAGUUUGAGGCUUUAAGGUUAUUCCAGACUUUGAUCAAGUCUGGUCUUGGCUAUAAUGAAAUAGCUUUAUCAGGAGUGUUCAGUGCUUGUGCAGGAGCCAAAGCGCUUUCAGAAGGAGUUCAGUUCCAUGCAUUAGUCAUCAAGACACCUUUUCAAUCUAACAUUAGUGUGGCAAAUUCUGUUCUCGACAUGUAUGGGAAAUGCGAAGCACCUAAUGAAGCUCGUCGUCAGUUCGAUGAGAUGGAGUUUAGGGAUGCUGUGUCCUGGAAUGCCAUUAUUGCUGCUUGUGAGAAGAAUGGAUUAACAGAGGAAACCCUAAUGCUCUUUUUUUCCAUGAUUCAGUCAAAGAUGGAACCCGAUGAGUUCACUUAUGGCAGUGUUUUAAAAGUGUGUGCAGCCAAACAGGCUCUGCAACGCGGCAUGGAGAUCCAUAGCAGAAUCUUGAAAUCCGGAUUGGGAUUUCACUCAUUUAUAGGAAGCUCUCUUGUCGAUAUGUACUGCAAGUGUGGGAAGCUAAAAGAAGCCGAGAGGCUUCAUUACAGAAUGGAUGAACAAACCAUUGUUUCUUGGAACGCAAUAAUUUCUGGGUUCUCAAUGCACGAGCGCAGUGAAGAAGCUCAAAUUUUCUUUUCUAAAAUGUUGUGCGAGGAUGGAGUGAAACCGGACAACUUCACGUAUGCAACGGUUCUUGAUAUUUGUGCUAAUAUGGCGACCGUUGGACUCGGGAAGCAGAUCCAUGCCCAAAUCAUGAAACAAGAUUUGCUUUCGGAUGCCUACAUUAUAAGCACUCUUGUGGACAUGUAUUCAAAGUGUGGGGACCUUCAUGAUGCCAAGUUGGCUUUUGAGAAAGCUCCGAAAAAGGAUCUUGUGACAUGGAACGCCAUAAUAUGUGGGUCUGCCCAGCACGGCCUCGCAGAAGAUGCAUUGCAGAUUUUCGGAAGGAUGGAACAGGCAGGCAUUUUGCCCAACCACUCUACUUUUCUUGCAGUCCUCCGUGCUUGCGUCCAUAUGGGACUCGUAGAAAAGGGGUUGAGCUAUUUCAAUAUGAUGGAGAAGUACGGGCUGGAACAUCAAAUGGAACAUUUCUCGUGCAUGGUGGAAAUUUUAGGGCGGGCGGGUCGGGCGUCCGAUGCCCUGAAGCUUAUCCGGGAUAUGCCUUUCAUGGCCGACGACGUCACUUGGAGAACCCUGCUAAGUACCUGCAAAAUGAAUGUGAACGUAGAAGUGGCGGAAGUUGCUGCAAAUUCCCUUUUGCAGAUAGACCCCAUGGACUCGUCCACAUAUGUUCUUCUGUGCAAUGUUUAUGCCAAUGCAGGAAUGUGGGAACGGGUUGCGGGCAUAAGGAAGGAAAUGCGAUUUGGGUGUCUAAAGAAGGAACCGGGAUGUAGCUGGAUUGAGGUGAACUCUGAGGUGCAUAUGUUUUAUGUUGGAGACAAAGCUCAUCCUAGAUGCACAGACAUAUAUACAAACCUGGAUUUGCUGAUCACUGAAAUGAAGCUUGCUGGAACUGGAUAUGAACUUGGAUUGUGAACUUUCACCUUGCAGUGAUGAAGGUAAGUAGAUAACCCACAAGUCUUAUUUCUUUACUGAACCAUGGGAGCCAAAAUUCCUCAAAUAAAAUUCCUCAAAUAAAAUUCCUCUACGCUAAAAUUUUCUUUCUAGUUUUACUUGGGAUGCAUUAUAAGAAGUUUUUCUUCCCAUUGGUGUAUUUUUUUUCCAAAAUACAAAGAGAAAAAUAUACCCGAGUAAUCAAAAGCUGUCUAGAUU